AUGUAUCUCUCAAGAUCAUUUUUCCUCCUCUUCCUCUCAUCGUUACCCUCCAGUCUCGCCGCGACCGAGUCGAAACCCCCUCCGAAGCCAUGCACCAUCCACUCUCCCUCGACCGGCUCGUUCUUCGAUCUCCGUCCUCUACAAUUGACCCUCGAGGGCACGAAGUACCAAGUCGCCAGCAAUGAAUCAUACCAUUCAAAAGGAUACGAUUAUCCUGCGAAUUUCACCAUGAAUUUCUGCGGCGCCGUGGUGGAGGAGUUGGAAGACGUCGAAGGGAUACCCGCCAGCAGACUGAAAAAUAUCUCAGCCUACUACAAGGACUACCGAGGUGACAUUUACAGCAUCGGCCAACAGAACGAUCAGCCUCUCUUUCGGGGCAAGAAGCUCGUCCUCAAUUACACCAUGGGUUCGCCCUGUCCCGAUCUCGAUGAAGACGGCAACCCGAUUGACGCGGACCUUGUCGCGGAUAAAGCCAACAACAGGCGCAAAUCCACCCUCCUAUCUUUUAUCUGUGACACGUCUCCGCUCCUCUCGACCCGCCCUGCUGUGUCCUUCCUUGGUUCUCCCGACCACUGUACCUAUGUUUUCGAAGUCCGAUCUCGUUAUGCGUGUGGUGGUACGACGCAGUCCGGGGAAAAAGGCACACUGGGCCCGGGCGCAGUCUUUGGUCUGAUCGCAGGUAUUGCUCUGCUGGUCUAUCUCAUUGGAGGUAUCGUUUAUCAGCGUAAUGUACUGCAUCAACGAGGUUGGAGACAGUUGCCGAAUUAUUCCAUGUGGUCGGGGAUCUUUGGCUUCUUUUCGGAUAUCAUUGUUAUCCUGUUCUCCUCAUGCACCCAAAGGAUGCCUGGAGGAGUCACUCAACUGUUCGCCGGUCGACGUGGAUACCAUCGUGUGGGCACUGAUGAACGAGGACACGGACGUGGCCGCACACCGGACGACGAAAACAGAUUGAUUGACCAGCUCGAUGAAGAGUGGGAAGAUUGA